AUGGACUUCAAUUGGUUGGAACUUAAUGCUUCCACGAACCUGUCCUGGGUAUCCUGCUAUGAAAACUUCCAAUGUGCGAGACUAACUGUUCCUCUUCUAUACUCCGAUCCCAGCGCGGGUGAAGCCCAAGUAGCUUUGGUCAUAUCUCCGUCAAACUACUCAGUCGGAGACCCGAGCUAUCUGGGGCCUAUCCUCUUCAACCCAGGUGGGCCCGACGGUUCCGGCGUGCAACAAAUUCUGGAGGGAGCACAUUACUUUCGCGAGAUCAUCGGGCCUCAGUACGAUCUCGUAGGAUUCGACCCCCGAGGUGUCGGUGAAACCACUCCUUUCCUCUCAAUUUUCAAGGACCCAGCAGAGGCACUUCAGUGGUACGCGACGUACCCGCCGGACUUAAACGAGUCGAUAUCCUCCUUCGGAAGAGCCUUCGCACAGACGCAGAUCUUGGGCAAGCUCGCAGUGGAUCGCGCUGAGAAAGUUGCAGAGGCUGUCACCACGCCCACCGUUGCCGGCGACAUGCUGAGCAUAACGAAAGCAUUAGGCUUUGACAAGCUCAAUUUCUGGGGUGUAUCAUACGGCUCGGUCUUGGGAGCGACAUAUGCUGCAAUGUAUCCUAGCAACGUUGGACGCCUGAUUAUAGACGGCGUGGUGAACUCGCAUGAAUGGUAUGGAGGAGAAGAUACUAACUCUCUGGUGGACUCUGACAAAGCACUGAACUCGAUUUACGAGGCCUGUGUAGCUGCGGGACCAUCUCUCUGCGCCAUUUACGAAAAUACUACGGAGCGUAUUGCCGCUCGCGUCAACAAGCUCAUUAACGAUGUACGCUUGGCCCCCGUCCCCUUCGUCGACGACACGGACCCCUCGAGCCUAACAUUCGGCGUCGUCGACUACGGCGUCCUGAUCGAUCAGCUCUCACUGGUCACCUACUUGCCGUAUAGUCAUGCGCCGUUCAUGGCGGAAGCACUCGUACAGCUCGAGCGCGGUAGUGGCAGCGCGAUCUUCCAGGGCUCGAACACUCAGAGCGUGGACGCGCUGAGCACAUGCAGCUUCAACGCGUCGCAGCCUUUCGUAGCGGGUCUCCUCGAUGUCGAGUUAGCCAUCACGUGCGGCGAUCAGCUUGUACUGUCAGCUCCCACUCUCGAGGAGUCAAGAGCGCGUUACCAGGAGUUGGUGAAGCAGUCGCCGUUGUUUGCUCCUGCGUUCUACGAUCUAUAUCAUGGAGGGUGCCCCGGGUGGACAAUUCGCGGAAAGGAUAGGUUCAACGCUUCAUUCGUCACCAACACCAGCAAUCCUCUUCUAGUGAUAGGCAACACCCUCGAUCCUAUCACACCCCUCGUUAGUGCGAAAAAUAUGUCCUCAGGAUUCGCCGGUUCAGCUCUCCUUCAGCAGAACUCCACGGGGCACACCUCUCUGUCCGGCUUCUCGACCUGCACGGCAAAGGUCAUCCGGGAGUACUUCUCCAACGGCACCUUGCCAGCGCCGGGCACAGUUUGCCAGCCCGACUUCCAAAUCUUUGCCCCAGCGAACGGGACGAGCAGCGAACAAAGGCGCGCGGCUGAGCCAGAUGAUUCACAAGCCUGGGCGGAGGCGUUCGUUCCCCCGAAUUGGAUCUUCGAUGCGAUGAUUAUGUUGUGCGCUCUUGAUUGACAUGCCGUACUCGUAGCACGUUCGUUCAUGGGCUCGAUACUAUUCGUAACUUAAUGCAUUGCGCUUACCACUCACUGUUCAACGUGCUUGUGGCUGCCGCC